CUCAUUUGUAGCUUGAUGGCUAAAGCCGACAGUUAAGGUGUUCUUCACACUGCUGGUGCUGUUUUUGGAAGUAGUUGAACGGUAGUUAUUAAUCUGUUACCGACGGUAACGUUAAAGAUGAAGCCCGUGUUUCUACUCGAGGCUUUCUCUGUGGCUUGUUUUGUGUUUUUAAACCAAGUGACAGCGAAGAAUUCUGAUGACAUCCGUUGUAAGUGCAUCUGUCCGCCAUACAGAGAAUUCGAGGGUAAAAUCUACAAAAAAAAUGUCUCUCUUAAAGACUGUAACUGUCUCCAUGUGGUUGAACCGAUGCCGGUUGACGGACAAGAUGUGGAGGCCUACUGUUUACGCUGCGAGUGUAAAUAUGAAGAGAGGAGCUCGGGGACCAUUAAGGUUACCAUCAUAAUGUACCUCUCCAUCUUGGGCCUGCUGCUGCUGUACAUGGUCUACCUGACUCUGCUGGAGCCCAUAUUGAAGAGGCGUCUGUUUGGACAUUCACAGCUCAUCGAGAAUGAUGACGAUGUUGGGGACCAGCAGCCUUUUGCCAACGCUCACAAUGUUCUGUCCCAGUCUCAGUCUCGACCCAACAUGCUGAACAAAGUGGAGCAUGCUCAGCAGCGCUGGAGGAGGCAGGUGCAGGAACAGAGGAAGUCUGUGUUCGACCGUCAUGUCGUUCUCAGUUAAACGAGUUACUGGUGGAGCAAAAAAAAACAAAUCACUGUGACGGAGCUCCCACUUUAUCCACUUCUUUUCUCUGAUUUGUGGUUUGUAUCUCAUCCAGUGUGACACUUCCCAGGUGAACACGGUGAGGAGAUGUGCAUCUGUAGAGCAGAGGUCCCUGUUAAAUGUACGAUCAAAGCUGGGAGCUCUUAUUUAGUCUGCAGGCAGCACAAGAGAUCACAGUGAAUUUAUUUUUUUGCACAAUCUUGACUGAACAAUUCUAAAUAGCAUUUUUUCCAAAAGCAGAAUUUACUCUCUGCAGGCUGUCUAGUUUGAAGAAGUUUCAAGUCACCAGAGAAUUUGCAGUGAAGAAUUUGAGGGGAGAGACUGUGGGAUGAAAAUAAAUCUUUCAAGUGAAUAUUUUGUAACGUUCUCUAACUCUUUCUGGCCACCGUGUCAGGUGGAGUCCCGCCAUUCCAAAGCUGACAAGUCUUUCACGUUUACAAGCAUUUGCUGGCUUUCAGAGUAAAACAUCCAGAUGUCGGUGAACUGGAUAACUAGAGCAGCCUCCUGGCUGGGGGGCACUUUCCACACCCGAACAACUAAUAUAACUUGAAACUACUGCUCUCGCCACAGGAGAAAGUAAAUCGUGUACAAUAUAAAUCUUAUAAAGAUGCAUGUUUUAUAAUGAAUCUUUUAUAAAUGUGUUUUGAAUCCUUCAUUCCUAACAUAAUGUUUAAUGUCUGAUAACUGCUGUGAAAUCCAUCCUUUAACGCUUUACAUUAAACUUGGUAUCUCAGUCGUGUCGCUGAACCUCGUUGCGGGAAUCGAUGCAAUCUCUCGGUGAUGUCAUCGUCGCCGAACUAUUGACCCUCGUCUGUUGAAGACCCUCUUGAAAUCUGCACUCUCUUCAACUAAUCAAAUCUCAUGAGUAGUCUUUUAUUUUGGCACUUCUAUGUGCUUGGUCUAACACCAGCUCCAUGAUGAAUGUACUCGUCCACCCGGCAGCAUUAGUGUGACCGUGGUGUUAUUCUGAGAGCGAGGGAGUGGGUUGUGUGUGUAGUUGGGCUGUGUACAGACAUAUGGAAGUGUUCUUAACUAUUCAUGUUAUACCUUUAACUUUGAAAUAAAUUGAUGUAACAUUUGUGAUUCUA